AAAAAGGUUUGGUGAUUGCGUAUAACAUCAUAACAGUUGUCUAGGAUUAAAAGUAUAAAUGCUUGAGGAAAGUUUUAUAAAAUAUAUAUUCACAGACCACUCAAGAUGCGUUCCUCAGCUGUCUCUCUCGCUGCCCUUCUGGUUCUCGGCGUCGCACUUGUCCGCGCCGAUUACGGAUAUUCCAGUGGCGGAUCAUACGAUCAAUCAGGAUACUCAUCCGGAUACACAAGUGGAUACGACCAGACCGGAUACGUUGCCGGAUAUGCCGGAGGUAUUGGUGGAUAUGAUGCUGGAUAUGCCGGAGGAAUGGGCGGAUAUGAUACAGGAUAUGGCGGAUACAGCACAGGAAUGAGUGGAUACGGACACAAAUUAUCCGGAUACGGAUCAAGCGGACAUGGAUACGGACACAAGAAAUCAAAGACCGUUUACGUGCCAUAUGCUGUCCCCACACCAGUUGCCGCCCCUGUCCAGCCAGCUCCCCUCCCCAUUGGUUUGGGUCUGGGUCUAGAGGAUAACAAUGACCAAGGAGUUUUCGGAGGAAACGGUGCUCUUUUGGCUUUGUUGGCCCUAUCUCCUUUCCUUUUGAACGGAAAUCUUAACCUCUCCGGUUAAAUACAGAAACCAAGUUAUUCCCCCUCUCCAAUUUUACAG